AUGGCUACAACACUGAUCCAGUGUGGCUCCUCACAGGGAAAGACCAGGAAGGUAUACCUAAAGAUCAAAAAGAUACGACGAAAGUUUCAACCAAGAGUGGGCAUGCUAAAAGACGCCAAUGGGAACAAACUAACUGAGCCAGAACAGAUCAAGAAAAGAUGGAAAGAGUACACGGAGCACCUCUAUAAGAACGACUCAGUGAUAUGGGAAGAAAUGGAGACUGGCAAUGAUAGAGAGCCAAACAUCCUGAAAGAUGAAGUCAUCGCUGCGAUUACACUUCUGUCAAACAACAAAGCGCCUGGAUGUGACAAUAUUCCACUGGAGCUAAUAAAGUCUUCUGAAGCAGCAAUUGAUGUAAUCACAUGCCUGUGUCAACAGAUAUGGACAACUGGUAAAUGGCCCAAGGACUGGACAAGAUCAGUGUUUAUUCCUAUUCCGAAGAAGGGAGAUGUUACUGACUGUGGAAACUAUCGUACUAUUGCGCUCAUACUUCAUGCCAGCAAAAUACUACUGAAGAUCUUACAAAGACGGUUGCAGCCUUACUUUGACAGAGAGCUGCCGGAGGAACAAGCAGGAUUCAGGAGGGGCAGAGGUACAAGAGAUGUGAUUGCUAACAUUAGGUGGAUAAUGGAAAAGGCCAAAGAAUACAACAAGGAGAUUUAUUUUUGCUUCAUUGAUUACAGUAAAGCCUUUGACUGUGUUGAUCACCAGAAACUUUGGAUUACCAUGAAGGAUAUGGGUGGGCCGAGCCAUCUGAUUAGCCUCAUUAGGAACCUUUAUACCGACCAAGAAGCAACAGUCUGA